UGUGGGUCAGGUCUGCCCUGGGGGGAAGCUGGGUGUGGGUGCUGGUGUUUGCUGAAGGAACUCCAGCUCCUUCUGCUUGGCAAUUAUUCACAUUGUCAUGAUGCAGAUAGCAUCUGCUGGUUUGUGUGAAGGGCUUGGAUAAUAAUUGAGGGUUUUCCUGAGGUAAUGGAGCAUCUCUCAUCUCCUUUCUCCUUACAAAGCCAAGACAAACUUUGCAUCUGUAGCCACCAGUCUAAGCCUGUGGGAGUCCUGACAAACUGAACUGAUGGUAGCAAGCCCCUGCAUUUCUGGGAUGGGAGACAACUGCCUGACUUUGGCACUGUGAAGAGCAAAUUUGAGCCGCCCUUUUCUCGGUAAUCUUCAGAGGGCAGGGCUUUAACUCAUUGUUCAGACUGAGGGAGCAACUAAAAAGACCUUUGAAAAUGCCGUGGAUGCUGUUUCUCCCAAAUGCAUCCCUCUUGCUUCUGCUUCUCCCGUGCUUCCCUGCCCUGGAUGACAGAGGAAAUGAACAGUCCACAGACGUUAUCAGUGCUUGGGAAGGAGACUCCAUCAACAUAACUUGCCCAAUUAAUGGUUCACAAUGGCAAGUGAAUAUGGUCUUGAGAGCUAUCAGAGAGAGACAGAGUCGUGACGUGAUACAUUGUCCCAAGGAGAAAUCUCCAUCUGUCAAUCCUACCUUUGCUAGUCGCAUCGAGUGGUCAAAGGAAGGGGGGAAUCUCAGGACAACCCUGCACAGGUUAAAGGAAUCUGAUUCUGGAACCUACGUGUGCUGUGAGAUGGUUGAAAUCAAUGGCAAUCCCAAAGAGAUAUACAGGAAGACAACCACAGUAGUGGUCAAAGCUGUAUCCAGAAGGCCUGUGGAGCAGUCACCACUCCAUGCCAACCCUGAGCAAGGCCAGUCUGUCAGCAUCACCUGUGUGUUGAAAAGCUCAGCUGAAGAUGAGUUCCUCUUGCUCAGGACUCACGUGCAGCCUAAUAAAGUUCUGUCUGUGUCAAAACUCAACAUUUUAAAGGUUUCUCCUGACUUUGAGAAUCGCUUGGAGUAUUCAAGGGAAGGAAAUAGAAUUGUGGUAACUUUACACAAGCUACAGGAAAAGGACAGUGAUAAUUACGUCUGUGCCCAGGAGGUGCAGGAUUCCCCUCUGCUCUCAGCGAGUGGCACCAUGGUGCUGGUUAAAGAAGUGAAGCAGGCAUGUGAGAAGAGCUCCUGGGAGCUGUAUGGCCUUCUCGUGGCGGUGGCUCUGCUGUUCUGUGCCCUGGUGUGCUGCACCUUGUACCGUGUGGAUGUGAAGAAAUAUUUCCAGAAGAAAAAGCCCAAUGUGGUAUAUGAAGACAUGUCCUACAACUCCAGACGGAACACCCUGGUCAGAAACAACACCUAUUCCAAAGACUUGGUACUGGGACCAAUUCUGGCUUUGUCCUGGAAAAGCCCAGCUCAGAGAUAGGUGAAGAGCUGAGGAAGAACCAACAAAUCAGGUACCAACCUAGGAACUGAGGUGCCCAUAGUCAAUCACCUUUCAUCACAUUUUCGGUUUUGGAACAAGGUUCAGGUUUAGUCGAAAAGGGACAAAAGCCCUGAGAGCCAGCACAGGGAGGUUUACAACAAGCAGAGUGACAUUUGAGAUCAGCUUUCUGUAGAAACACUGCUGU